AACUUCUCCGCACUCAAUGUUCACAAGUAGUUUGCUUUAAAAAUAGAACCCGCAGCUACCGUCCGAACAGAACGACCGGGAGCGCAAGUUCAACAAUGAACCCUCAAGGUGGUAAAGCUUUCGGAAUUCUCAAAGCACAACAGGAUGACCGUCUGGAAUCAAUCAAUAAGGAGUUCCUGAAUAACCCAAAGUACAACACUGAUAAAAACCUGGAUGAGAAGCUCACAGCUUUCAAACAGAAAUACAUGGAGUUUGACCUCAAUGACCAGGGAGACAUUGACAUCAUGGGACUGAAGCGAAUGUUGGAGAAACUUGGCGCAGCCAAGACCCACCUGGAGCUCAAGAAAAUGAUCAAGGAGGUGGUGGGAGACAUGAGCGAGACUAUUUCAUACUCAGCCUUCGUGAAGAUGAUGCUAGGAAAGCGGUCGGCCAUCGCGAAAAUAAUCUUGUUGUAUGAAGAGAAAGCAAAAGAACCUGAGAAACCCACAGGACACCCAACAAAGAAAACCUUCAGUGACCUCCCAUAAUCCUUUUCUUUGCCAAUGUUAAUGCGAGAUGAUCACCUGACCCUCUGCACAUGCCCUCUAUCGUCCACCUUGCACCACCAUUGCCCACCUCCAUUCAUCUGCUGCUGAAGUCCUCAUUCAUGCUUUCUGUAUCUACAGGACUGACUACUCCAUGGCCGACCUCCCAUAGUCUGUAACCUCUGUAAGCUCAAACCCAUCUAAAAUUCUGCUGUGCUAUUCCUAGCUUGUACCACGUCAUGUUCACCCAUCACCAUGCUGUGUUCGCUGAGCCACACAAGCUUUCGGCACGCCAAUGACUGGAUUCGUGAGCUUCUCAUUCUUGUUUUAAAUCCAUCUGGGGUUUUGUUUCUCCCUAUAUCUCCAUCAUGUACUCCAGCCUUGCACCGAUCUUUGCACCUGGCUGAUUCUGGCCUCUUGUACAUUACCAAUUUUCUGUGCUAAAUGUUGGCGGCUAUGUCUUUAGCUGCCCAGGUCUUACACUGUAGAUUUAUGACUGUCCAACAAGAAGCAGUGUACCACAGAACCUCAAUCUAAUCAGAGUGCAAUUAGCCAUUGCGAUGACUGUGAAGCGAAGGUUUUCACAAUACAUUUCCUGAUAAUUAGCAAUGGAGUUGGAACUGGGGUAAGGAAAAUGUUUUCACACCACAGUGUUCAGAUCUGGGACACACACUCCCAGGAAGUGGAGUGGAAACAGAAUCAAUAGUAACUCUCAAAAGGAAAUUGGAUAAAGAGCUUGACAAGGUAAACAUUGGCAGCACUAUGAGUGAAUUAUCGUGUGAGUUUUAAAAGGGUCUUUCGAUAAUUCAGGUCAAUUCAAUUCGGUUUAGCUCACUUAAUUUAAAAAUUUUGAAUUAACCUUUUCAAACUGCAAAGCUCAAGUUCAACAGAGGUAUAACACCAGUAAAGGCUAGGAUAUUGAGUUAAUGCAUAAUAUCAAAUUUUAUUCAGUAGAAUCGAGUAAAACAUUGUGCCCAUCUAACAACUGACGACAUUUAGGUAACCAAUAUAGAAUCCUUAUGCUGUAAAAGCAGGCCAUUUGGCUCAUUGAGUCCACAUUGGCCCUCUGAAUAUCAUCCCUCUCAGAACCACCCAUGCCCUCCCCCUCCAUUACCUGUAACCUUGCAUUUCCCAUGGCUAAUCUGCCCAACCUGCACAUAAUGGGCAAUUUAGCACAGGCAAUCCACCUAAAUUUGCACAUCUUUGGAGUGUGGGAGGAAACCCACACAGACACGCAGAGAAUGUGCAAAUUCUACACAGACCGUCACCCGGAGGGUAGAAUCGAACCUGGGUCCCUGGUGCUGUGAGGCAGUAGCAUUGACCACUGAGCCACGAUGCCUUCCUAUUAAUUGGUGCAAAGUUAUAUCCAACAGAAAUACAAGACAGAGAGCAAUACUAGACCCAAUAGCAAUUCACAGACAGGAAACCUGUUCCGCGCUUGAGGUAAAAUGUCACCAAGUUGACAGAAAAUUCCUGAUUAACUGGGCCCAAAAACUGUCCUCAUUUAGAUUGAUCUAAAUCACUGCCUGAGCCAGGAUCACUUUAACUGUCCACAGGAUAUAUGGAGAACUCAGAAGCAAGGUGCUCGGAACCUUCCUCUUAUCCUUGCUUAGGGAUUAACCUCAUUAAUGAAAGGAAUUGAGUUUGCGAAUACAUGGUGAAAGUCCACUUGAUUGGAUCUGUCCAUGUGUGAACAUAUCCCCUUACUCUAAGAGAAUGGAGUGUCCUAGAGUGUUUAUUUUAUCUUAAGCAAGAGCAAACCUUGAUUCAUAAGUGACCAGACCUCUCAUCCCAAGGAAUCAAAAUGUAUAAGUAUGAAAUGACAUGUUGAUAGAAGCAUCUAAAAUGGCCAAACAAAGCCAACAAAAUCUUAAAGCUAAAAUUCUAAACACCGGUCUGCUUACAACAGGGUACAGAGGUAACUGGACAUGGCUCAUUCAACAAGCUGGCAUGGACAAUAUGGACCAAUUGAUUUCCUUCUGUGCCCUACAAUCUAUCCCUGACUUCCUUGUCAUUUAUCCCUCCAUCAACAGCAGAAGCAGAUGAUCUGGUCAUUAACUCAGUGAUGCUUGUGAGAGCUUGCUGUGCAUACAUUGACUGCCACAUUUCCUGCAUUACAACCGUGACUGCACUUGCAAGCUGUGAAGCUCUUAAGGACACCCUGAGAUUGUGACAGGCGCCGGAGAAAUGCACCUUCUUCCUUUUCGAUGCAGGAGCAGAGUUUAUACUUAUAUGAGAGAGAUUUCCGAAUAGCAGAUUAUCACUGGAAGCUUGGCGAAUUCUACAUUCCAGUGAUUUUCUAUCUAUGAAUGCCAAUUGUUGGAAAAUGAACAUUUCCACAAUAAAAGACUGUUGAAAACCUUGCAUUUUA